AUGGCAGGUUCUACCUCGGGAUCUGGUACAAGAACAUCCCCGGCCAGACCGUCAUCUGGGUCGUGGCGGAACUCCGAAGACCCCGCGCCGGGGAUGUUCACCGACAUGAUAGACCCCAACGGCACCAGUGAGUUCUUCUGGACAGGGGAAGUCUUCGAGAGGCUGCCGGACGCGACGGGGAGCAUCACGUCGUACGAGGAGACACCGGCGUAUCGGCGACUCACCAACGUCAUCACGGACAACACGACCAUCACGCGCUUGGUGCUCGAUCUCACCGGCCAAGCGAAGCUGUACAUCUGGGGGAGCCAGCUGCCGUGUCGGUCUCCAUCCGGGUUCGCUCCGGUGUCGGAGGAGGACUGGAAGCUCCGUGACUGGAGAGGUGGCUCCAACCUUAGCUCGCCGCUCACGUGCACGCACAACGGGUCGACGAAGGACGGGUUCUUAGCGCUGUCGGGCAUGAAGCUCCCUGACGAGUCGCUCGCCGUGGCCGUUGCCCAGAGCAAAGCAGAGUGUGAAUCGACUUGCCAAAGGAACUGCUCUUGCCAGGCCUACGCCUUCUCCGCCGGCUGA